UAGAGAUGCACCCUUGCGCAUGUUGAUCCACGUUUGAGCACAGUGACAAAGAAAGCUGCUGCAGGUUCACGACGCCCCUACAUAGAACGUAGGACCAUAUUGAUCUGGGGCGCAUGACAUCGACGGACGAACUCGGCGUCAUCAAUCAACCCCUUCAACACGAGGCGCCAGUGCUGCCUGCGCUGCUACCUCCUCUUGCUGCACCAGUAGUGGUCACAUCCGCAACGUCCCCUCAAAGCAGCAGUGGAGACGUGGCGCUGUCUUCACCAGCCCACGACGGCGGCGGCGGACACGGCGGGGCAUGGGUGUUCUCCCCGCCGGCGAACCCACCUUCCCGCAAGCAAUCCACCGCCCGCAAGUCGUCCGUGGCAAGCUUCUUCUUUGCGAGUACAACACCCACCGAGCAAAGCGCCAAAGACCAAAACGACCGGCGGCAUCUCCAGCGACUGCAGCAGAUCCCAGAGUCAGACAUGUAUGCGUCGUCCCGACGGCGACGGCGGCGGAAGACCCCGUUCAUCUUGCUUGGGUCGGUGCUGCUGUUUGGCGUGGUCGCGGCGGUGCUGCUCACGUCCAAGGGCGACACCAGCAACGCCAGUGUGGGGGAAAUGGAACAUCGAACCACAACGGCCGCGCCGCCUCCUCUGGUUCCACGGGUAUCUCCUUCUCCACCCCCCGAACCCACGACCAACAUGGUGACCCCAGACGCCACCAGAACGGCCGACGAGAUGCUGUUUGGCUCGGGUGCAGGUGACGGCACCCAUGUCCGGUGGUCUAAGUACCGCUUUUACUUUGUCAACAAGUGUAGCCAUCCGCUCAACAUUUUUCAAAAGUACCGCGACGACGCACCGAAGUGGGCGUUUUGCCAAGUGCCAGUCGAGUCUUACGGGUGCCCGAACAACCGAGACGGCGCCUACUUGCACACGUUGGACGGAGGCCAAGACCAAGCUACAUGUACGUCCAAAAUGUGUGUAUAUAUCGCUCGAGUAGUAUCAAGUUUGAGAGUUUUUUCGAAAACAAAGUAGUACUACACUAGUAGUACUACUACUAGCUUCAUGGUAUUACUAGAACUCAUACUGUGUGUGGAUGUUGUGCUGUUAGUGUUUGAGAUCACGGUGAACUCGACCACGGGCACGCAUUACGACAUUAGCAUCAUUCCGCCGGGGUGCACGUACAAAUCGCAAAGUUUGGCCAAUUGCAAAAACGAAACGGGCAAAGUGGGGUUCAAUUUGCCCAUGGCAGUCACGCCACUGCACUCGAUUUGCACACCGUUGAAAUGUCUUGCCGACGGAUGUGAAGAUGCGUACCAAUACCCCGAAGACAAUACGAAAGACCACGGAUGCCGAGACCCCGACGCCAUCUACCAAGUUACUUUUUGUCCUUCGUCAACAUGAACGUAAAAAACCCAACUCCCAGUCAGCUCAGUAUUUGCUAACAGUAAACGCUAGUGUGGAAUGGAUAUAAAUCGGAUUCAAAUUCCAAAACGUGCUACAUAUAGCCAAUCUAUAGGUGCAUGCUAGUACUAUAGUAUUGGAUAACGUUGUGUCGAGUAGAACAACG